GAUGUGAUCUCUACUGUCAUGGAAAGAGAAUGCGAUGGUGAGACGACUCUGGAUCAGGAACUCGGGGAGCAUGAAAGAGAGACUGACCAUUUCACGAGUGUUAUGGGUUCCUUCUUUGGCCAGAUCUGUUCAAAAGUGUCUGGAUCUAUUUUCCAUUGGGACAGGACAGCGGCACGGAUUGAUCGUUGGACAGAUGACUUGACACUGGUUUGCCCUGAGAUAUCGGUGGAAGGAGAGAAUCUAAGAGGAGGGUCGAGAAUGAGACAAGAGAGAAUUGAGGAUGAGAGAAUGCUGGCCGACGUACUUCUUGAACAUGGCGGCAGAUGGACAUCCGGCGGUGCAGCUGCAAGGAGUGAAGCUUGCGCCAAAAGCGGACACGGGACAGGCGCGUAUCGGUGAACUUUAUUCGAGCGCGCUGCAGACAUGCCCGGUCGGGGGCAAUUCGCAGCCGCCUCUCCUGAAUACUUUUCGUUCCAGCCAGCGAACACUCACCACUCCUAUUUACAGGUCUCUCCAGGAAACUCACCUUCGUUCCUGUGAGUCCAGAUACUUUACAGAGGUCUACAUAACUGACAACAUGUGGCUACUCAAGCUGUGGCCUGGUGCUACACUCCGGAAACUCAGUAGACAGCCCCGUACAAUACUACACCGGCUCCGAAUAUAAUCUCUCAGCAUAAUGACCCGCAAGAGAGCCAGAGUGUCCUACAACGAACUCUCUGAAGAUGAACUGUAUGAACCUCAACAACCUCUCCGCGCGCCGAACCGGAGACGGAAGGGUUUCCUCAAGGGCAUUCCCAAUCUACCCAUUGACAUUCUACAUGAGAUAUUCUCUCAUCUUGAUCCAUUAGACUUGCUCCAUCUGGCCAGAUCGAACAAAGCGUUUCGCUCUUUCUUGUUCAAUAAGAAUGUCAUUGGCGUUUGGAGGAGCGCUCGAGAACAUAUUGAAGGUCUCCCCCCAUGUCCUCCAUAUCUUAGUGAGCCUGCGUAUGCCAAUCUAGCCUUCUCUCCGCAUUGCCAUGAAUGCCUCACUGGAAAUAUCCAGAAUGUACUAUGGACUUUCAAUAUCCGAUACUGUAACAAAUGCAAGACCAAGCUAACUGUGGACUCGUAUAUGCUAGGUGGCCGCGGAGGAUAUGCAGCAGGGCUGACUGCUGACAUGUUCUGCCAGACGCUUGGUGAACGCAGACGUAUCAUAUAUCACAAACCUGAAGUCGAAGCCAUAUGGCAGAAGUGGCUUGCUUCAUCCGAAGAUGAACAGGUUCGCGCGAAGUUCAUGCAAGAACGCCGCGAGCUUGUAGAGCAAAUCAACCACCAUGCAAGUCUAUGCAUCAAAUGGACCGAGGCUAGAAAAACCACGCGAUCUGAGGAGCUCCAACAGUUGAAACAAGCCAAGAUCGAUACUGUUGUCCAAAGACUUACGGCUCUUGGAUGGGGUGCGGAACUAGAGGCUAUGAAACCUCACUACUCCCAACUUGCUGAACAUUCCCUUGUUCGCGGGGCUAAGAAAAUGAAUGACAAGACAUGGCAAAGUGUUCAGCCCAGUCUGAUCAUCUUCAUGAAAAAAUGCCGCAAGGACCGCCUCGUGUCUCUACGUCGGCGAGAGCUCCAAAUGCGCUUGAACUGGUUGAUGGAAGUCGUCAAGGCAAAGUCCCCAGCCUUGCGAACCACUGAUUCCGACUUCGGUCCCGCAUUUGUUGACCUUGCUCUCAUGCCUGAAAUCCGAGAUAUCGCAGAACUUCCUAGUUCCAAGCCGGUCACGAAGGAGAUGUUCGAAGCCUUGGGAGAAGUCGUUCCUCUCUUGACAAAACGCUGGAUGAUCAAUGCUGAAGAACGACUCGAACACAUCGCUCGUGAAGGUCUUCCCUCGCUCCCAUACCUCAUUUCACCCCUCACCCUAGCUUGCACUUUCUUCGAUUGCAUGUCUUGCAAGCGACGAGACAUGCAGUAUCGGUCUGUCGUCGGGCACGAUUGCCUCCAUCAGCGAUAUUAUAGUUACUGUCGCGACGACGACAUCUCGUACUUCUACCAAGACCUUGCGAUGGCAACAGAUCACUGUCGUCCAUGGUCAUGUCAGAAUUUGACCAUCGGUCGGGCUACUCGAAGAGCACAGACUAUUUUGGAAGCUUGUGGCUUAGAUCCGUUGAUUACUACUCAUGGGGACUUGAAGGAACUCAAACCUCGACUUCGCUGCAAGACUUGUAGCAGACCAGGCGUACGUAUGGUCAUGUCUUGGCGUACUGCGGUUGACCAUGCACGUACGGCACACAGCAGUAUAGAGCAGGAAGAAGCGGAAUGGGAGAUGGUCAAUGAAAACGAGGCCAAAAUCGCGCAUGAUUUGGAAACCAAGAAGGCUGACAGCCUCUUUGAUGACUAUUAUCCAAGCGUGCUAUGGUCCUGUGCUCGUUGUACUAUCACUCUCACUCGAAACCUUCCGUUUGCGCAGGUGAUGGAUCAUCUGAGGAGACAACAUGGCGUUGUCAACCCGACCGUUCAGGAUAAGGACAUAUACCCUUCAAGCGAUUCGCCGGACCUUAUCGUGAGGCCGGUCAUGAUUGUAUCCAAUAAGCUCACUCUUGACAAUCUUACCCCCGUCGAGAGGAAGUUCUGGGUCAAGGGAGGCGGAGGCUGUUACGAUUUCGAAAAGCUGGGAAUCCAGGAUCCCAUCCUAGUCAAAUCAGAGGAUUCGCAGCAAGAUACCGAAAAGACUGCAACAUAGACAGCACAUCCCCAUCCUCGUACAUUGAUUGAUCUUUCUUUCCUACCGUGCUAUCACUAUAAUCUCGAUAGAUACAUUACUUCAACCUAUUCAGAACAUCUCUAAUCACCAUAGUAAAUACAUUAUGACUCUGUGUAUUCCUGGCCUAACUAAGUACGCUAUUGUUACAUUGGAAAUAUUGCUGCUGC